ACGCAUCCUAAGCUAGAAUGACACAACACGACAGUCACACGCCUUGAGCAAGCAGGCCUGCAAUGACAAGGCAGUCAGCUCACAACCGGUAAUUCGUGACCAGUAAUCACAACGGGCAAGUUUUCUCGCCUCUCACAUCAGAUAGGAGAAAGUGUUGACUGGUAGUCUGAAGUUUCAAAAAGUUUUUUUCGUUAAAAACUAUCAAGUUAAUACAUUUACCAGCUAUGAGGAGACAGCGGAUUUCUGAAUAAUACUGAGAUUUAGAUGUUUAGGGAAGUGAAACCUGCCAUAAUUCGCGCGCAAAGAUUUCCGUGUUGUUCAACCUGCUGGUAGUAGUGUGUGAUGACAGUGCAUUGUUUGUCAACAUCGACAAAGAUGUCUACAGCUGCGUUAGUUUGAUCUCCUCAAGCCUGGAAUAAUAUGAAUGUCUCGAUGUGUGGAUCGCUUCUUAUCGAGUGAAAAGUAAACUGCACGGUGUGUAUUUCAAACAGGUGAAGAUGUCAAAGCACACCCCGUCUACUGCAGCUGCGAACAAGCUGACAUUGGAGCGAGUCCUUGGCCUGACAGUCACCUCAAAUGCAGCACUGUCAUAUGAUCCCGUCAAUGGCACCAUUGCAUAUCCUGCAGGGUGUGUGGUGGUACUUUUUAAUCCUCGCCGAAACCGUCAGACCCACAUCUUUAACUCUGUCAAGAAAACAAUAACCUCAGUGGCUUUUUCCAGUGAUGGCAAGCACCUUGUUACAGGAGAGUGUGGGCACCAGCCAGCUGUGCGAGUAUGGGAUGUUAUUGAAAAGACUCAGGUGGCAGAGUUUCAUGGUCACAAGUUUGGUGUCAACUGUGUGGCCUUUUCGCCAAACUUGAAGUACAUUGUUUCUAUUGGAUCCCAGCAUGACAUGAUGGUCAAUGUGUGGAACUGGCGAACAGGAAAUAAGGUUGCUUCAAAUAAAGUCUCAAGCAAGGUGCGUGCUGUUGCAUUUGCUGCUGACAGUGGGUGUUUCGUAACAGUUGGCAACCGUCAUGUUAAAUUUUGGUACCUGGACAGCAGCAAAUCAAAGAUUAAUCAAACUGUGCCUCUUCUGGGUCGCUCUGGCAUUCUGGGUGAGCAGAAGAACAAUUUUUUCUGUGAUGUGGCAUGUGGGCGUGGUCGCUGGUCUGGCAGCACUUUCGUCAUCACACAAUCAGGUCUUUUGUGUGAAUUCAAUGAAAAGCGCCUUCUUGAUAAAUGGGUGGAGCUCAUGACAAAGAGUGCGAGCUGCAUUGCUGCAGGAGAAGAGCACAUCUAUGUAGGUUGUGCAGAAGGCGUGGUGCGUGUAUUUAGCACUGGCACCCUCAGCUUUGUGACAUCUCUUCCACAUCCUCAUUUUUUGGGGGUUGAAGUGGCCACUGCAACAACUUCAAGUGACAUGAUAUGCACUCGCUCAGAUGCAAAGUAUCCAGAUACUAUAGCCAUUGCUUUAGAUGAUGAUCACAAAAAGGUGGCUUGUAUUUAUAAUGAUCAUAGUUUAUACUUGUGGGAUGUGCUGAAUAUACGUCGUGUGGGAAAAGCUUGGUCCUUUCUCUAUCACAGUGGAUGUAUCUGGGCAUUAGAGGUAUAUCCAGUUCUUGAUAGUCAGCAACAAGGCACUCUGCCACCUGGGUCUUUUAUUACUGCCUCCAGUGAUGACACUAUCAGAGUGUGGAACUUAGAAUCACAGAUGACUGAAGCACCAAACUGCAAGCGUAACAUCUAUAGCAAUGAGCUGCUGAAAAUACUUUACACAGAUCCAGCCCUUAAUUUUCUCUGUGAUGUCAACUAUAAUCCAGCUGGUGCAACAGAUAAAACAGACACAACAUGGGAGGGAAAGAAUGGUGUCCGCUCCAUACGUGUCAGCCCUGAUGGAGAGCAUCUUGCCUCUGGUGAUCGUCAGGGCAAUGUCAGAAUUUAUGACCUACGUCAGAUGGCAGAAAUCAAAAGUAUUGAAGCACAUGAAUCAGAUGUUGUUUGUUUAGAAUACUCCUUUUCUAAAGCAGGCCCACGUAUCUUGGCAACUGGAAGUAGAGACCGACUGAUACAUGUGUUUGAUGUGGAACAGAAGUAUGGUCUACUCCAGACUCUAGAUGACCACUCUGCUGCCAUACAGUCUGUUCGGUUCACAGAUUCAGACAACAAACUUCGUAUGCUUAGCUGUGGUUCAGACAAGUCCCUUCUGUUUCGUAAUGCUUGUCUUAAUCCAAACUUUGAGUUUAGUCUGGCCCAGCACUUAGUCAGCAAGGCUACAAUGUAUGAUAUGAUCAUUGACCCAACCCAGAAGUUUGUUGCCACAGCAUGUCAGGACAGGAACAUAAGGGUAUACAAUAUGGCCACAGCAAAGCAAAAGAAAAACUACAGGGGGUCUUUAGGUGAUGAAGGAGUUCUUCUUCGUGUGCAGCUAGACCCAUCUGGCACAUAUGCAGCUACAAGCUGUUCUGACAAAAAUUUGUGUGUUCUUGAAUUCUACACUGGAGAACUAGUUGGAACUGUCUAUGGACACUCUGAGAUUGUCACAGGGUUGCGGUUUACAAAUGACUUGAAGCAUCUUAUUUCUGUGUCUGCAGAUGGAUGUGUUUUUGUGUGGCGAUUGCCUUCUGGCAUGACAAAGACGAUGCGGCAUCGUAUGGAAGAACUUGGACAGAUGCCCCAAAACACAGAGAGCCUCUCUGAUCUUAGGAGAGAGGCAACCCUAACACCGAAUCCUGUGUUCCUGGACACUACUUUCCAUAGUCCUCAUCAUUUCCCUGUCCAGAAGGAAAAUAUCUCGCCUUCUAGAAUUCUGGCAGCUAUGGAUCUACCCAAUCAGCUUCCAUCUCACCCUCCUAACAAUCAAUCCACACCUGUUGGAAAAGGAAUAGAUCUUAACUCCACCCAGCAGUCUCCAAUGGAUUACCGCUUUUCUGUUGGCUCUUUGCCAAACUGGGCGAAAGCAAAGUUUGGAGAUGGGUCUGGCAAUGAAACUGAUGGUGGUCCUGAUGCGCAGCAGCCGAAAGGCAGGUGGGCUCAGCGUUUUGACCAGAACAUUGCCUUCAAGUCCCAGCUAGAUCUCACUCAACUUGAUGAUGAACAUGAUCAGAGGCGGUUCACCUAUGGUGCUGGGGGCUUGCAGACCUCGAUGCCAGACUUAAGACGUGAGACAGUAGUAUUCAAGCAACAUGUUCCCUUAAAGAACAUACCAAUAAUUGAUGAUGAUGAUGAAACCAACAUAGAUGACGAUGAAGACUUCUUUCCAGCAUAUCUCAAUGGCAAAGAAGCAAAUUCUUUGGCAGAGAGUGAUCGCAGCUCCUCUGAUUAUGAUGAUCGGCGAGGUAAACGCAAGAGUGAACCAACAGGUCGCCGGUCAGAUGCUGGAAUGACAGGUCGAAAGUGGGGAAGUAGGCUUUCCCUCAAUACAGACAGAGUUGCAAGCUUUGACUUAGAUGAUGCUGAUGAACUGGAUAACUGGUCGGACACCACAGAGGUCAUUUACCCACCCAGUGAUUCAGAGACUGUGGACACUUAUGCAAGCACUUAUCAGGUGUUUGCAGUGGAUGAAGGCAGGGUGUGUUCCAAGAAGAAGGUUACUCCUGCAUCAUCGUCAAAUAUGGAUGAAGCUGACUCGGAAACUACAGAGCCAAUAUCACUAGAAGAUCAAGAUGAUGAUGAUCCACCUGAUGAAACGCAAGUUUCUUCUUCAGCCAGCACACCUUCAGAUCCUGAUCAUGACAUUCUGGCACGCACGCCUGACAAGGAACAGUUUGUGAAAGAGAAUUUUGAGAGUGUGAGCUUCACUCCAAUAACAGCUGAGAAGUUUGCUCAGCAUGUGGCGUCAGUGGAACAGGCAGCUGAAGAUAGCAACUCCUCUAAUGUGCCUUUCUCCCCACGUCUCAGCCUCUCCUCUCGUUUCCUCUCACGUUCUCAUUUUGGUGCAGGAAGACUUGGACUUUCAGGGGCAAAUCAACGACCGGAGAACUGGCUUGAUCCUCUUCGGAAGAGCAAGUCAGAAAUGGCACGUGCUAUGGAUGAGACACGCAGACGUCUGGUGGAUAUGAAUUGGCGAUCAGGAGGGCUGCUAAAUCAGUCUCCAGACAAAGAUGACCCACCUUCACCUCCUACCAAGCUGGAGAACAAAGAGCCUAUUUUUACAAGUCCCAGAUCUUCACAGAACCUGUCUAGUCCAGGCACAUGUGGAACCCCAUCACCGAGAACUCUUCGUCGUUUCUGGGCUGACUUGUCCCUGCCUCAGCAGACUAUCAAGGAGGAGCACCCCCUCCCCAGAAUUCCAGUCCCUGAAUCACUGCUUCAUGUCAGAGGAGAUAGAUUGAAUACUUCAGUGCCACCUUUGAAUGGUAGUAAGAUCCCUUUGCCUGCAGUCCAAAACACUAAACAGAGCACUGAUUGUGUAGAAUGUAAUCUUCCCUCACCUUAUCUGGUUGGCUCAUCCAGGCCUCCAAGAGCCCCACCUUCACCUGAGCACAGAGGUUGUCUGUCACCAAAGUUAGUCAGGAACCAUGACAUGAGACCUAUAGGGAUUGUACCUAUUGGCAUAGUAGACACAACUCCUCCACAAUCACCUCGGCAAAGUAGGCCUCCUAUUAACAGCAUACCUCUUCGCAACAGUCGUUCUCCAGACUUCAGGUCACCGCAGUCACCCCAAACCCCGCCUUUGUCACCUAAACCACCUCUCUGCCCAUCAUCACCUCGGCCUAGUAGAUCAACUUUGUCAUCUAGGGCAGCUAGGAAAGCUCACUCCCCUGAUGUCUCAUCUUCACAAUCACCUAAACUUCCUCGGGCUUCUCUUUCUUGUAAGCCUCCUCGAUCACCAGAUCUCAGGACCUCACGAAGUCCACAACCCCCUAAAAAACCUCCACGGAACUUACCACCUCUGAAAAGUCCUCAUUUGUCUAGAAGUGGUACCCCUACAUCCUCUCCUUCAAGCAGCCCAAACAGGGGUACAAACAGUCGACUUGAAUCAGCACAGGUGCCUCCUAAUAAGCCCCCUCGCAGCUCUUUGAUUAGAAGUAGUAGCCCUCAGUCUUCAAGCACCAUUCGGGCUGCAUCACCUAGCACCCCAGUUACUGCAGAUGGCAGUAAGGGUCUUGAGUCGGUACAGUCUCGGCAGGCCCAGACAGCUCAGGUCCAGAGUGCAGGAUCAGAAGUGUCCACAGCAUCUUCUGGCAGCAAGAAGGAAGGUGAUGUUUCAGCAGCUGUGGUGUCAUCAUCCCCUCAUCAGGUACCUACAUCUCCAUCCCGAACCCUACCUCCUUCAGUCAAACGUACCUUGACCAGCUCACCAACUCAAGGGACCAACUCCCUAACAUCCAAAGAAAAUCGUCGCAGCAAUGGUACUUCCAAAUUGGAGUCCAAUGUCAUCAGUUCUGGGGCUGCUUCACAAGUACGACAAGCUCCUUCGUACUUCAGAACAACGAAGUCAUCGCGCCUGAAGUCAGCCUCCUCAAGCAGCCAGGCUUGUCAGGUUGACGCUCUGAGUAACACUAAGUCUGGAUAUGUUGUUAGUGGAAUCAAAGGAGAAAGUGGAGCUAAGAAACGGCCAGGUCGAGGAAGACUUUCAGCUGCCAAAGUGGCCAUGCAUGCUUCCACACCCAACUUAGCUGCCUGCUUUGAGGAGGAGGAGAGCAAGAUGGUUGGUAAUACUACCAAAAGUGCAGAAUUACCAUCAAAUCUACGGGCAUUGGCAGAUUUGUCUCUAAGUGUGCCUGACAUCAACACUGUUGAUGAUCCUCCUUCAACUGACAGUUCCUCCUCAGAUCACCUUACCGUUGAAAAGGAGAGGUCUGGCCCUCAACAAAAGUCAGUAAAGGUCAGCAGCUCACUUGUGAAUUCCAGACACUCAGUACCUCCUAGUAGCUUUAUUUCCAAAAUGCAGUUUAGCCUUGCAAAAGGGGUUCAAGAUGUUUCUUCAGACAAGACUCCUGAUGCUCGUUUGAUGCCACCACCAUCUGCCCCUCCUCGAACAGGUCAUUCAGGGUUGUUGCAGCGAGCAGCCCAGCUACGCAAACGUUCAUCAGAAUUGACAUUAGAACAAGCUAAAAGCAUCUUACUUGGAAACUCCGGUAUACUGGGAGCUCGUCAAAAUAGUUUAGAAGAAGACUCAACUGCCGCCUCCCCAGUGUCUGUCAGUCAUUCAGAUAGUUGCCUAAGCUCAGACCAAACCACAGCCUCAUUGAGUUCCACACUGAAGCCUUUGCCCCAUAUUUCAUCUGCCUCUUCUCAUCCAAACUCAUCCUCGUGUACAGUUUUUGAUGCAGAAAAUACAAACUUCAAAGCCUCAGGGUUUUUAGAGAACAGAUAUUCCACUGCAAGAACACUGGCAGUGGUUCAGGAAAUAGAACUUACAGCUUCUCAGCAGCGGCGAGAACGAGCAGCUGGAGCUGCCUUAAGUGCAGAAAGGUUUGAUCCUCCAGAGCGUGAUCAGCCUUCGUUGCAGAGGUUGGUUCCCAAUAUUGUACCAGCUUCUGCAAGUUGCAGUGCUUUUCAGAUUGGUGAACAAGAGGAUGCUUUGAUUUCCGACUCUGUAACAUCAAGGAUAGAUGCGUUACAUGACAUGGGAAUGCCAGACAUAUCAGUGCGUGAGCGUAUAGCACGCUUGAAUCAUCAAACAUCAGGUCAUCUUGCUUGUGAACUUGGCAAUCUUACGAUCCCAUUUCCACGAAAUGCCAAUGCUGCUGUUGGGUCACCUGCAUCAGUAGAGUAUCAGAUUUCUCCUCGCAGUCAGUCAGACACGGGGCUUGGGUCAGAAACUGAUACAGACUCUGACAUGCACGGUCACCCCACACCAGAAGAUGAUUUGUCACUGCAGAAUAUUUCAUCACAAGGAAGACUUGAUCGAAGUCGUCUGUCCCUCCAGCUUCCAAAGUCAGAUGUUUCUUCACUCACUGUGGCCACUGCAUUAAGUCAAGAGUCAUUGCAAACAUGUGCUAGCAUACUGGAAGAUUUAAAGUCAGCUGUACAGAGAGCUAAGGAUUUUCAUAUGCAGCUGCAGCAUAGCACCAGUGUGGGAGGUGGCCAUAACCAGAUGCUGCUGAUGAUGUCGGCAGCUUUUCAUGAAACUCAUCUGGCACUUGCUGAGCUAGCUCUGCAGUCUCCUGCUUCCUCAGAUGACAGCUCAAAACCACUCAGCUGCCCUCUUGUUGGAGAAGCAUCUGGAAGAAGGGAUGGUGCAGUCAUAGACAAAGCACGGGAUAUGCUUCAGCCAUUCGUGUCACAACUGUCAAGGGAACUGUCGGAUGAGCUGAUCAAGCUAGUCAAAGAACGCCUGGAGAGAAACCCUUCUUAAGCAGCAUUAAAGAAAUUUUAUUCAGAGACCUUUCAUCAUUAUGGAUUCACUUGCAAGGUUUCUUUUAAGGAGAAAAUGGGGAAAAAAGCUGUUGCACAUUCAACUGAUGUGACUUGAAAGUGUCCUGCAGAAGUGCAAACCAUAAGUGCUUUAUUUUUUUAUAUGACCAGAUCUGUGAAGAUUUUUUUUUGUCGGUAAUAGGCACAUUAUUUUUUUGCCUAUUUAUAUACAUUCCAUGAUCAAAACUGUAUGAAUGGCAUGAGUGUGUAGAAGUAUGCUGGUGAUUCAGACUUUGCAGUAAGUUUUGCACACUGGCUUACAAAUGUAUACAAAAACUGGUGGUUUAAUUCCAUUGUAGUUCUCUGAUUUGGCACACUGAAGGGAAGAUGGACAGCAGAGGGCUAGUCUGUCUAUCAGCAUUAAAAUACUGGCCUAUAUGCUUUGUGGUUAAAAUACUGCAUUCAAAGGCAUGUUUUUCUUUAGUGCCAAGAACUUGUCUUUAUAAGGCAUGGUAAACAAUAAAUACAUUGCAUUGUGUUUAAUUUUUGAUCAUGGCAUUUACAGAGUCUAUAUAUGGUGCUUAUGUCAUCUGAAAAUCACUUUGGAGAUUGUAAGAGCCAUGUCUGAGAGGAAAAUGUGUGUAAAGCAGAUAAAAUUACUAUCAAAAAUAGCCAUUCCUUCUUCAGUUUUUGAUAUGAUGAUGCAUCUUUUUUAUGUUUUUUUAAAUACUGUAUUUAAUAAUAUUAUUUUCAAGUGUGCACAGUGUAUGCUGCUGUGUUGAUUAUGAUAAGAAUUUUGAGCGAAUGAUGUUGAGAUGACUUUUGCUUAGUGAGCUAAGAUUUCUGAUGAGAAAAUGUUGAAAGGGACAGCUGAAAUGUUUCUUGUUAACUAGGUUGUGAGCUGUGAUUUUUUUUUUUUUUUGAAGGUGAUUGUUAGAACGUGACUAUGUUAAAAGGAUGAUAGUGGUGAGUCAGAAUGAAUACUCGUUUGUGAACUGGCUGUGGUGGGAGUGUCUAGGUGUUAGCACUGAUAUAAUGGCUAGGCAAGCCUGUUAUAAAUAUUAGAUAAUCAUAAUAUAGCAAUAAAUGGGUAAGCAUCGAAGUGCUAAGAAGCUAUGCAAGCAUGUAUGCAAAUAAAACAUUUUUUAAUGUCUAAAUGUUAAGUGUUUGUUGGCUAAAUUCCUUGAACAAUGUUUUUUGAUCAUGUCAUUCUACAGGCAAAUGUAAAAAGGACAAAUAUAAAUAAUAAAGUUGUGGCAUUAGGUAAGUUUGAUGAUUGCACACCACAAAAAGUGUUAAAAACUUGGUAUCUUAAGACAAAAAAAAGAAAGGUGAUCUGAAAAUUUUUAAAGAUAUUAAAUUUGGAAAAUCUGUGAUUUGGAGAUUCUAGACAAUGGCAAACUCUUGUAUCAAAUGUUAAGAACUGCUUCACUUUUGCUAGCAAGAACUGCUAAACAUUAUCAGUACUGUGUGUGGGGAAAAAAAUUCCUAGGUUUACAGUAAUAAAGGAUGGCUUUACAGCUUUUUCUUAAAAAUAAAUGGACAGCAAUACUUUGAGUCUGGGCCUUAACCUUUGAUUCUUAUACCCAGGUAUGUCUAAAAUUGAAAUACAUGUACUUUGAAAAAUAAUAAUAAAAAAAUAGACUACAAAUGUCAGGAAUAUAAAUCAAAAUUACAAUUAAAGUUUAGAGUUAGGAGAAAGAAGCUGUUCCUACCUUAUUCCAUUGUGAAAUAGCAUUUCUUGUAAAUCCAAAAGAAGUUAGGAAUAUCCAAUUUUAUCAUGAAAAAUAAAAUGUCUUUAUAGGCUGAUGAUCACUAUGGUGUGUAGUUAGUAGACUUGAAUGUUCCUACAAGAUGUAUGAACAUAUGAUGAUGAAGAACAACUUUAGCAUCAGAUAUAAGCUCAAUAAUGGUGAAAAAUUGCUAGCUGUCUGUUGCCAUCAUUUAAAAAAAAAAGGGUACCUCUAGAAAAACUCAAAUCUUCAAAUUAACAUCUUCCUGUUUCAAUGUUAAGGGAUAUGAUAUGACUUUUUUCAAACAUGUUUCACUUAGCAAAAUGCUUGGAUUUCUUCCCUUUUGGUUAACAUUGCUCUAUAGAAAAAGUUACUGAAUAUGAAGGACAUGGGUGGGCAGCCUGGACUUGAUGACUUGAUAGUUGCUGAAGGGGCCAGACAAAUAUGUCUGGCCAGGACUCAAUGAGUUAAAAAUGCAAUAGGGCAGCUUGUCUUUCAUCUUGCUAUUUCUAGGCAGCGCUGUUUGUUUAGUUUGUGUAGAGAUGUAAGAAACCAACAUGCAUGCUGUUGUUUUUGCUGUGUGGUGUGUUCAGAUCUUGUCCUACUUCUAGACACAAGAGUUUGCAUUUACUUGUUUAUAUCUCUUGAGAUUAUUGAUGCUUAUAGAAUGUCACUGAUGAUAUUCAAAAUGUAACGGUUGUGUUUUACUGGCUGAAGUAUCAAAAGAUGUAAAUAUUUAACGUGUUCAUAAAGUGGGUAUUUUGUCAUUGUGUUUGUUUGCCUCAUUUCUACCCGCUGUUUUUGGUGUUUUGAACAAAACUUUGCCACAGGAUAACCUAGACUUCACUUUCUUGAUACCUAAAUAACAUAUAAAGACUUAUAUCUUGGUUAUAGUUAUGGAAGAAGUAAAAAAACUAGUGUCUUGUGACAUACCAGAAGUCAUUUUGUGUUGGUGCCGGUGGCUGUGGUCUCUUUGGCAUUCAAAUUCUACAGCUUGUACAUGUUUAUGCUCUCUAAUAAGACAUAAAAUAUAAAAUACCAUCCUAAAACUGCACCUUUUUUCUCAUUUUUUUCUCAUUUUCAUUUUUGCCAGUAACAUCUUAAUGAUAUUGCUCAUUCUGGUACAUUCCAGGGUAUCAGCCUAUCUUUCUUAUCCUAUUUCUUUCAACAGAGCAUUAAAAGAGGGUACAGAAUCAUUGUCAUUUUAAAACAUUGUUUCCAUUAACUACUGUUUUUGAAAAUUGUCGAGGCAAUAGUAUUUGUUUCAAAAACAGUAGUUAAUGGAAGCAAUAUAAUUAUGCAAAUCAUCAUCAGUGUGGAGGAGUUAAGGGAAGGGAAAAGGCAUUAUUUUUCAUUCUAGUAAAAGGUAAUUGCUUGGAUAUUUAUAUGUUUUAAUUAGAAAAGUAAAAACAGCAUUUGCACUCGUAGAUUUUGUCCAUAAGAAAAGAAUAAGCAGUCAAACCAUUUCUGAAAAAGGGAAGAGAUUUAUUGUUAUCCAUGGGUCACCUGCACAUUUUAAAUACACCUGCAAUGCUGUUACAAAAAUUAAGCCUCUAUUAAUGCACAGUUUUGUCAUAAAAGCUUGUUUUUGAAUGCCUAUGGAUAAGUAAAUUAUUUUAUAAAUAUGCUCGAGAGGAACAAUUUGAGUUUUUGGUAGUGUUUGGUUUUUAGGAUAUGAAGUCAAAAGGCAAUUUUUAAUAUUCAUUUUUGUCCUUUGGAAACAGCUGUAGAUGUCCUGCAUAUAUCUAUUGUAUUUUAUGUUGGUGAAUUGUCUGAAUUUCAGCUGAGUGAACAAAGCAUUCAAUAGUAGUAUGUUUUUGUGGCUGCAUGUCAUUUAUGUUGUGCUUGAAAGCUGAACAUAAUUAUUUACUUUUAUCAGUGACACCUGUCAGUGCAAUAAAAACAAAGUUGGUAGUGAAAAACUGUCUACUGGGUUUUGUCCAAGAUUUAUCAUUUUUCUAUCAUUGUAAUUUUUGUCUUUGUUUCAUGCAAGCAUAUUGUUGAUAUUGUUUAUUCUCAGUGAAUUGUUAUUCAGAUUUGGACAUUUAAUUUGUAUGAGCCUUGUGUAUUGCAUAUUUGGUUGUGGGCUUUGGUGGGCUUGGUUUGUGGAUGUUUGAGUUUCCCCCACAAUUUUUAAAAUGUAUUAGUUUUUGUGUUGUGUUUACAAAUAAUAUAUGAUCUGUCUGUGUACUGUCUUUGAUGAAUUCUUUGAUAACUGUUCACCAUAGUACAGGUUUCAUUUUGGUUCUAAAUUAAAAUAUCUAAGGACGCAUAAGACUCCACAUUCAUACUGGGGUUUUUGUGAGGGUGUGUAUUUGCCUUGUAUUUCUCUUGUGGCCAUACAUUUCACAUCAGUCAUUAAACACGCAUGGAAGGAACUUGAGGCAUGUAUGAACAUUGCUAUUAGGAGUGUGGUGACACUAUGAUGAUAGAAUAUGUAAAGGGCUGACAUGAACAGUUUUAUCCCCAUGCAAGAAAACUUGCUUGGAAAUCUGCGUUUUAUUUUCUCAUUGAUUUUUCUUGAUACUUCUGUGGUUUUUGCUGAAUUAAAGAAUUAAGCUGCUGUUGUUGCCAUGUUACAAAGACUGCUGUGAAUUGUAUUAUGUACUAAAGAUAAACAAGAAGUAUGUUUUAUUAGUGUGUUGAAGUAGACUGCUUUAUUGAGAGAACUGUGAGAAACCAGUGUUGUCAUAACCAAAAUACAAACUAUAGCAAAACCAGUCUACUCAGGUAGAAGUAACACAGUAUGCCUUAUGAUGCACAAUUUUUUUGUGUGAACUGAUUGGUAUAAUGAACAGAUCAGUAUGUUGAUGCAGUGCAAAAGAAAUCAGUAGUAGUGUGUGUCAUGCAGAACAGAAUUACACAAUAUAAACUGUGUGGGGAGGAUUAACGUAUCCUUUCAACUUUUAUGCCGGAUUCUUAAAACUGCCUUAUCAUGCCACUUCAGCCCAGAUGGAGAGGUGAUUUGAACCAGAUGCACAUGAUGCCAUUAGGGUUGGUAGCAGAUUACAUAUCACUUGUCCAUUUACUUCUUCCACACUUGCAUGACUGUUUCAUUUAGCUCAUGCCAGUUAUUCUGUGAUCAUAUUCCCCAACCACUAUGUUUUUAAAGUAUAAUAUCAUGUUUUUGUAAACUGUUCUCAACACAAGGAUACUGAACACAUUUUUUUUUUAUAUAUAAUUUGAUUUUGAGACUAGGUAGAUGAUUAGAUUAAGUUUUUAAAACAAGGAUACAGAAAACAUUUAUUCAUGGUUUUUAUUAUUUUUAAUUGGGAGGCUAAGUGACUUGCUUUAAUUCUCAAAAUAUUGAUAAUAUUAUUUUUUUGAUUGAGGGGUAGGUGAUUGGUUACAGCAGAAAGCAAAACAAAGAAACAAAGAUACUGAUGUUAUUCUGUGAAAAGCAAUAACAUUUCAACCCGUCUUCAUCGUCCCAAAAUAUGUACAGGUAAAGAGGGGUGCAUUUUGAAACUAUAUCACAGUACUAAUUUAAAUAUUUCUGCUGUUAACUUUAUUUCUGAUUCUUUUGUGGGACAUACAAUUAACAUCAUUUUGACUGUCACACAUUAUGGGUUAUAAGCAAAUCAGAGAGGGACCUCUUGUGGCACAUUUAUUAGCUACAGACUUUUUAUAUUUAUAUUAAGCAGGACACUUCUAAUCAAAAUCUUCACUUAUAAAAGCAAAUUAUACUUGAUUUUGGUAACUUGGAAAAUGGUAACCCAGGUGAACUUAUUCAAAGGUUUACGAUGUUUGUGGUGAAUUGUCUGUUUCAUUUCCAUUAAAAACUUUGAAUAAAACAAGUGACAUUUG